AAAAAAAAGUAAAACGCCUGAAUUAGACUUUUAGAAGUGCUGUUAUGGAGACCAUUUAGGCAUUUAGAAUAAAUUAAAAGCAGACCUAACUAGUUUGUCAAUAGUUUACUGAGUAGUUUUCCACGUUCCUGUCAGAGUUGUGUCUUUGGUGUGCAGUUGUUGCCUUCAGGCCACCGUCGUUCAAUAAUCAGAGUGGUUCAUUAACGCCGGAGCCCUCUGCUUUCUAACAACACCUACAGUCCCAGAGCCGAGGAAUUUCUGACGAUGGCGUUGACUCACUGCGACGGCGAUCGGAGAUUUAACUGCCUCGACGGCGCAGCGGCAGCAACGUCACAACAACGGCCGCCAGAGAGCGGGGAAGGAAAUGGGAGUCUAAACUGAGCUUUAAAACAGGAAGCCAGCCCGGGUCUCUCAUUGUUGUGCUUUUAUAAAAUCAACUUCCUGCCGACCGGACUGCCCCCCCGUUACCGUGGUUACCUCCACUGGGGAUGAGGAUGGACCUUAGAGAUGCCACAGAUGAAAACCUUUAAAGUGUCCUUGUGGUGGGGCGGGGCUUGUGUGGCCAUAAAAAGUUUUUAACGUUGGAAAAACCUUCAUCGAAACAACUUUGCUCCAGGAGACGUGGGACCGCGGUGCGAACAGAGUCGUAAAAUCGACAGUUUGGUGUCGGACUUAGACGAUUAUCGAGGGCAGACUAGAAAGAGGGAGAGAGGAGGGCGAGAAAGAGAAGGAGUUAAAAGAAAAGAGGAUGUGGCCGGCUGUAAAAGAUGACUGGAGGGGAGUGGAGUUCUCCGUCUAAUUAUAGAUCCUGCUGUGAGCUGAGUGAGGCAGAAGUGCUACAGGGGUUUUCACACAGCCGGAUAUUUACAUGACAAACACGGUGCUCAGACCUUUUCGGCUUUGCUUCUCAUGGACCUCAGGGUGGGAGAGCGGGGGAUGCGCCCUGGUUCCGACACGGCGCUUCUCACCCCGCUGCACCCACCGUUACUCCUGACGACCUUCUCGCCACAACCUCGCACCUCUUUCUCCCAUCAGCAGCUGCACCAGCAAAUCCGGUUUAAUAUGGAGCAGAGGAGGCGGGAACAAGUGCGCCACGAGACGCAACAGGAGCUGCAGCAGCUGAGACACAAAGACAAAAGCCAGCAAAGUGCAGUGGCGAGUUCUCUGGUGAAGCAGAAGCUGCAGGAAGUGAUCCUCAAGAAGCAGAAACAGGCGGCGCUGGAAAGGACGAACCCUGCACAUCCCGUCGCGUACAGAAAACUGGGCCCGGACCCCAGCGCACCCGCCCAGCCUCUGGUCUCACCUCCAUCACAGUCCUCACCCGAGAGCUCAGAGGGGACGCCACUGCGGCGAGCAGCAUCUGAGCCCAACCUGAAGGUGAAGAACAAGCUGAAGAAACACCUGAACACCCGCAAGAGCCCGCUCACCCGCAAAGAGAGCGCCCCGCCCACCGUCAAGCACAGAGUGCCGGACACGCUGGAUUCCUCCCCCAGCAGCAGCAGCACGCCGGUGUCCGGCUGCAGUUCCCCCAACGACAGUCUGCCCUGCGAGAAUGGACUGCUGCCCUCUGCAGGCGGCCUCUCACACGAGGCUCACAAGAUGCUGCUGAGAGACGGCACGCUGUCGAGCUUCACCAUCCAGAGUCCCUCCACCCUUCCCACCAUCACGCUGGGGCUGCCGGCCAACUCCAGGGCGGACGGGGAGGUGUCGCCCCUGAAGGUCAGUCGGGUUCCCAUGGUUACCGCAGGGGUUUCGCCCGUCUUCCUCCCCAUCAGCAGAGAAGAUCAAGGCGGGCAGAUGGGUCCCCACCUGCCUGUCAUCAUCCUGGAGUCUCCUGGACUGGUCCAUCCUCCGCUUCUCACGGUUCCCUCCUUGGAUUCUGUUCCUCUUCAGUUUGCACACCAGUUAGAACGCCUGUCUCCAGGCGGGGUCCAGCCUCACAAGCCCCUGAGCCGGACUCGCUCGGAGCCUCUCCCUCAGACGCUUCACACGCAUCUGCUGCAGCAGCAGCACAACACGCAGCUGCUGGAGAGGCUCAAACAGCAGACUCACCUGGGGAAGCUGAUGUCUAAGUCCAGCGAGAAGCCCAGGCUGCACCAGAUCCCCUCGGAGGACAUGGACUCAGAGGACGGCGGCGGGACAUCACCCAGUGAGCCGGCGUAUCACAACAGAGUGAGGGCGGGGUCACUGAGGGAGGCGGAGACGACGUCGUCCAAGAGCCACGAGGAGCAGCUGCAGCACGCGCUGAUACUCAACCAGUCGUUGCUAUGGGAACAGCAGAAGCAGCUGCAGCAGCUGCACCGGCAGAUGAAGACCCUAGCCGUUCCCGUGUUGCCAGGCGGCUGCAGCGGCGGCGGAGGGAUCCACCGCCCCCUGUCGCGCACGCAGUCCUCGCCGGCCUCCACCUCCCUCACUCUGCCAGAGAAACCCCUGAACCUGGCGGCACCGGAGAUCAGCAGCAAGCCGCGCUUCACCACAGGUUUAGUGUAUGACUCUCAGAUGCUGAAACACCAAUGCGCAUGUGGAGACAACAGCAGUCACCCAGAGCAUGCUGGGAGAAUACAGAGCAUCUGGUCCCGACUGCAAGAGAGAGGCUUGAGAGGACAGUGUGAGAGUAUUCGUGGACGUAAAGCCACGCUGGAGGAGCUGCAGUCCGUCCACACCGAGCGCCACGUGCUGCUGUACGGCACCAACCCGCUCAACCGUCUCAAACUCGACAACCGCAAACUGGCUGGAAUCUUUUCUCAACGGAUGUUUACGAUGUUGCCAUGCGGGGGAGUGGGGGUUGAUAAUGACACCAUCUGGAACGAGUCGCACACUUCUACAGCGUCACGUAUGGCGGCGGGCAGCGUGGUGGAGCUGGCCUUCAGGGUGGCCAAAGGAGAACUGAAGAACGGCUUCGCUGUGGUCCGACCGCCGGGUCAUCACGCUGACCCCUCCAAUCCCAUGGGUUUUUGCUACUUCAAUUCUGUGGCCAUAGCAGCCAAGCAGCUGCAGCAAAAGCUCAGCGUCAGCAAGAUCCUCAUCGUGGACUGGGAUGUUCACCAUGGUAACGGCACUCAGGAAGUAUUUUACAACGACCGGAGCGUCCUCUACAUCUCGCUUCAUCGCUAUGACGACGGGAACUUCUUCCCCGGGAGUGGGUCUCCCGCUGAGGUGGGCUCUGGAGCCGGAGAGGGCUUCAACGUCAACUUGGCCUGGACCGGAGGUCUGGACCCGCCCAUGGGAGAUGCGGAGUACCUCGCCGCGUUCAGGUCUGUGGUGAUGCCCAUUGCCCAGGAGUUCUCCCCAGAUGUUGUCCUGGUGUCGGCCGGGUUUGAUGCUGCUGAGGGGAACCCCGCUCCCCUGGGGGGGUACAAGGUUUCCGCCAAAUGUUUUGGUUUCCUGACCCACCAGCUGAUGUCUCUGGCCGGUGGGCGUCUUAUUUUAGCCCUGGAGGGGGGGCACGACCUCACAGCCAUCUGUGAUGCAUCCGAAGCCUGCGUUAGUGCUCUCCUGGGCAUGCAAGAUUCAAUGCCAGAAGAUGUUCUGCUCCAAAAGCCCAACGCCAACGCAGUCCGGUCCCUCCAGACGGUCAUACAGAUACAAAGUCAGUUCUGGCAGAACGUGAAGGCCCACAGUGGAACGCUGGGCCUGUCGCUGCUGGAGGCUCAGAGCAGAGACUGCGAGGAAACGGACGCCGUCAACGCUUUGGCAUCGCUCUCAGUGGGAGUCAUGCCCAACAAGAGUCUCCAGGAUGAGCCCAUGGAGCAUGACAGCGACCCCCUGUAGGAGAAGCGACCACCUCAACUCCGAAACUGCAGGGAGACCGUCUGUAGCUUGGGACGUCCUGCGCCGGCACACGACGAGGAUGUUUUUACCGCCAAGCCCCCGGCUCGUAGCCUUCUUCAAACUCUUGUAAACACAACGCUGGACCUGCCAUUUUGAGCACCUCAAUGCUGGGAAGAAGCCACCAGCACUGCCUGCAGCUGAGAAACCUCCUGAAACCUCACAAACAGCAAUACAAGUUCACUUUACCAGACUUUUAAAGGUCUCCUUUACUGACAUGGGACAGCGAGGGAGUAGGUGCUUUUGCCUGCUCAGAGCUUCAGCCCUCUGAGCAGGCAACCAGAUGUGGAGCUUGGCUAUGACUCACCCGGAAGCACUGUGAACCACCAGCAGACCCAGCCGCCUUAACGUUUGCCUUAUCCUUCAGACUGAGCCUCAGACUGUACGUCCUCUGACCGUGUUUGCUCUGCAGAGCCGAAUCAAGUAUUAACCAAACCCCGGUGAAGCCCGCAGAUCACCAUGAAGAGGUGUCCACCACACAAGGAAAGCCAAUAACCAAGACUGAAGUCAUUCCAUGCAGCAAAACCACUAAACAAAGACGACAAAGAGCAAAAGACAGGAAGCAAAGACACAAACUGUGUUUUUGCUUGAGACAAAGACGGGACACAGGUCCUCUCUUGUUUUAUUGCACUGUUCAUUCCAUAAUGUGAACCAUGAUGAAUUCCAAAACUCUGGGAUAAAAAAAGUUCUUCUUUGUAGAAUAUUUAAUAGUUUCUUUUUUUUUUUUUUUUUUUUAGAAGAUUUGGAAGAUUCCUGCUAUAUAUUUCCCAGGUUUUAUAUGGGUCUCUUCUCUUUGGACCAGAUUACUGUAGAGCUGUUUCCUAAGAAUGACAACUGCAAAGUAGACUAGAUUUGAAAUGUAUUCACUGCUGUUCAGUGUCUUUAGUUUGUCUUCAUACGCAGAUUCAAACAUACAAAGCGUUGAAUAAUGUACCACUAGUAUUGAAUACUGUAUAUAGUUGUUGACGUUGGAGGGUAAAGGCGUGAUCAUUCCACCCUGGCACCACUGAGGACCAUUGAAUUGUUAGCAGUACUGUUAAUGCACUUCCUGAAACCGCUCCAUAGAAAACGGCCUUAGCCCGCCUGCUCCUGGCACUGGGACUGUGUUGACGCGACACAAGGGACACGUAUGGACUCACUGCUCUUUACAGACAGCAAUCGAACCUGUGGAUUUAGGCGAGUGUCACGUAUGCAGUCUUUUAUAUACUGUCAGUACAACGACCUGCUCUGGUCUGAAUGUUUUAUGGUCUUAAAGUUGCCGCUUGUCUGUUGUUGUUUUUGUUUGUGUCCAGCCUGGACCACACUGUGCUGUGUACGGUAAAGUGCCUGUACAUGCUGGGCAUUCCAAAAGAAAACCAGAAGAAGUUGUCACUUUGGAGGUUCUUGUGGAGCAAAUGUAGAUCUUUUUUUUUUGUAUGCUCUGUGUUUGUGCACGCUGUUGAGGUUCUAGGGUGAACGGUUCUAAUGUUUGGACAUUAGAGUCCUACCUUCUUUAGUCUGAGACGCAAAACAACAAACUUUCAUGACGGAAUCAUUUUGAACACUAAGCCGUCCUCAAACUAUAAGCAGCAAACUGUCGGUGGGGAAAAUCAACAUCUUCUGAGACUUUCCUUUUCCUUUUUUCCCCACCUUUCAUUUGGAAGUAUCAUCAUUCUGGUAUUCAGACUAAAGAGGAGCAUCUUCAGUCUUCGGUUUUCAUUUUUUUCAUUAGACCCAUCGUCUGCUCAGCAGUAGAGCUCCAAAGACGAGGCGGAAGUGACCAGCGUGUAGAAGAUCUCUGAGGAACGGAGAGUCGCGUUCUCAUCAAAGAUGGCGGCGUGUCCGCCGCGCUCUGCAGACGGAGGAACAUGAGCAGAGGAGUGCUGGCGACUGCACCAAGUGUUAUGCAUAAACGUCUGUCCAAAACUGUAAAUGAUGUCUGUAUAAUAUUCCAAGUGGCUAUUUGAUUGUCUUAUAGAGGCCAGUACAGCCUCCACUCUUCCCUUUAUUACUGAUGUAAAUAGAAAGAAGACCAAAAUACACGUCACGCGUGUGCCUUCAAGCAUUCUGUAGCAGGUGUAUUGGUAAAUUUCCAUUAACUGGAUAUGCAAUAACUCUGUAUCUGGAGACAUUUUCGUCUUUGGUUUAUUCUGUUCUUCCCUCCUGUCUUGUAUUUUUCCUUUAACAUUUCCUACCACGUGUAUGUAUAGAAAGAUUUGCCUAUUUUAUCCUUUUUUUUUUUCUGCCCUUUCUUCUCGAUUAAAAAAAAAUCCACUAUUAGCAUA